UGAGGGAUCACUUACCAGACCCAACUGCCCACAAACCUGGGAGAAUCAAAAGCUUCCUUUUUUCGUUCUCUUCGACACUUUCUUCCUUCGCUUUCUCUUCUUCAAUCCAACCAAAUUCGAUUCUGAUUAGGGAUUCCGUUCAUUCCUACUCUCAUUUUCAAUCAUGUAUAGACUUGCAGCUUCACGUCUCUCCCAUCUCAAGGGGCAUGGCAGAACCUUGGGAGCCACUAGGCUUGCAGCAUCAAGCGCAGCAGCUACAAAACCUGCAUCAGGAGGUUUGUUUAGUUGGCUUGGUGGGAGUUUUAGUUCUCUUCCACCUCUGGACACACCACUUGCUGGUGUUGCCCUCCCUGAUCCACUGCCUGAUCGUGUUGAACCAAGCAAGACCAAGAUCUCUACUCUCCCCAAUGGUCUCAAGAUAGCAUCAGAGACAUCAUCAAACCCUGCGGCCUCAAUAGGGUUGUAUCUCGACUGUGGUUCGCUAUAUGAGACUCCAAUGUCAAGUGGGGCAUCACACUUGCUGGAGCGAAUGGCUUUCAAGAGCACAGCAAACCGGAGUCAUUUCCGUAUCGUGAGGGAAGUGGAAGCAAUCGGUGGUAAUGUAGGAGCUUCGGCCUCUCGAGAGCAAAUGGGCUACACAUUCGAUGCUUUAAAAACCUAUGUUCCACAAAUGAUUGAAUUGCUAGUUGAUUGUGUAAGAAACCCAGUCUUCUUGGAUUGGGAAGUCAAUGAAGAGCUUCGAAAGGUGAAAGCAGAGCUUGGAGAACUUUCAAACAAUCCCCAGGGCUUACUUUUGGAGGCAAUACACUCGGCUGGUUAUUCAGGUGCACUGGCUAAUCCACUUUUGGCUCCUGAAUCAGCACUAAACAGAUUAGAUGGGUCCAUUUUGGAAGAAUUUGUUUCUGAGAACUAUACUGCGUCGAGGAUGGUACUUGCAGCAUCCGGGGUUGAACAUGAAGAACUAUUAUCUGUUGCUGAGCCACUUCUCUCUGAUCUACCUAGUGUUGCCCACCCUGGAGAACCAAAAUCUGUCUAUGUUGGUGGCGAUUUUCGUCGUCAAGGUGAAUCAGGGGGUGCACAUGUAGCUAUUGCUUUUGAAGUUCCUGGUGGUUGGCAACAAGAAAAAGACGCUAUUGUUUUGACUGUUUUACAGAUGCUUAUGGGAGGUGGUGGAUCCUUCUCAGCAGGGGGCCCUGGAAAAGGGAUGCACUCAAGGCUAUAUCUUCGUGUCUUGAACGAAUACCAACAGAUUCAAUCUUUUUCUGCAUUCAAUAGUAUCUUCAACAAUACAGGAUUGUUUGGCAUAUGUGCAAGCACUAGCUCUGAUUUCGUGGCAAAAGCUGUGGAUAUAGCAGCCAAGGAAUUAAUAGCAAUUGCAUCACCUGGACAAGUUUCACAGGUACAGCUCAACCGUGCCAAAGAAUCCACAAAGUCUGCAGUGCUAAUGAAUUUGGAAUCUAGAAUGAUUGCAUCAGAAGAUAUAGGAAGACAGAUAUUGACUUAUGGAGAAAGGAAGCCUGUGGAACAGUUCCUGAAGGCUGUAGAUGGAAUCACCUUGAACGAUAUCACUAGAAUUUCUCAGAAGAUUAUUUCCUCACCACUGACUAUGGCAUCUUAUGGGGAUGUUAUCAAUGUCCCCAGUUAUGAAUCUGUGAACAGGAAGUUCCAUGCAAAAUGAAAUUUCUUCUGAGUUGAUGUAGCAGUGGCUACUCCCAAUUUUGCAUCCCAACAGUGCUGAAAAUAAAUAUUCCAGAGAAAUUGUGUGUGGAUUUCAGAAAAAAAGCACUGUUCAAUUUUAUUUUAUUUUCACUUGUAUACUUGGUUGAGUGAUCAUUCAUUCCCUCUGAAAUAUAGGUGUAUGAUCACAUAAAUUUUUGUUUAUCAAUUAAUUAAUUUUUUUGGCUAUCGAUA